UAUUCACUAAAAAAUACAAGAAGAAAAUUUUAAUAAAAUGGCAAGUAAAAAAUCUAGUUCAAGAAAACCAGAAGAACUGAAAAAAAUGAGCUUAAUUCAAUUAAAAGAAAUAUUAAGUCGCGAAGAAUCUCUCCUAAAAAAUAAAUCUAUAAUAUCGAAACUUUCAGAUAAAGGAGAAUCAAUCAAAAAAUUUCAUGAACAGGUCAAAUAUGAAAUAAAAUAUAGGGAAGAAAUGGCAGAUCUAGAGAUUUCCAUUUCGACGUUACAAAUCUCCGAAUCUGAUAAACAUGUUCAAAAACUGUGUGAGUUAGAAAAAAGCCCUGGAAAAGAAAGGUACAAACCAUUUUCAACUUUAAACACAACCAAAGAAAUUCAUACUGAUAGGAAGGUUUUUAAGACUAUGGAAGAUUGGAGUAAAUGUAAUAAACCAACAAAAUUAAUACCCUUAGCAGAAUCAAUGGAAAUCCUUAAACAACAAGAUGAAAAAAUUAAAGAAGAACAAAUUAAGUUUAAACAUAGACUUCUAGAAAGGCAGUUAGAGGAGGAGCAUGCACACGAAGAAGAGGAUGAGGACAGUGAGAGUGAGGUUGAUAAAGUUGAAAGUGAAUCGGAAGAUGAAGAGACUGUAGCUGAUUUACAUAUAUUAAAUACUUAACUGUACAAAAACCCAAUCCAAACAUUGUGAUAUAGUCUAAGUUUUAUAAAUAAAAAAAUUACUUAACUGAACAUUGUUUACCAAUUGUUUUGUAAAGUAACUAAAAAAUCCAAUCACAACUGUAAUCAAUCUAAUAGAACAUUAUCUCAUGAUCUUUAAAAACGAUGGCCAAAUAUUUUCCAUAUUGGUUUUGUCUAUACUGAUUUAUUUAAGAUAUGCUAGUGUUUUUCUAAUUUUUUUAUUUUCUGGGAUAAGGGUCUUCUUCAUAGUUAAAGCUAUAUGGUAAUAUUAUGAAAUUGUAGAAAUAGAAAAUUUUUUACAUCAUUCAACAUACUUAUAUAUUUUUAUUUACUCUUUCAAGGGAUGAGAUUUUAGAAAUUUUUUUGCUAUUUAAUUUACAAUUUGUUGAUGAUGUGAGGUUGUGCAAUUCUAAUUCUUAUCUAUUGUUGUUGGGAUUUUUGAAAAAAUAAAACUACGCUCCUCUUAAGACUAGAGCCAAAAUUAAUGUUAGCUCUGAAAUACAAUUAACUAUUAUGCAUUCAGUAAAAUAUACAUUCAUCACUCUCUCGCAUUUUACAUAUGUAUCCUGCUUAAAUGUCAUCUUUGGUCUUCUUUUCCUACUUCUUUCAGGAAAAUGCAACUCAGCAAUUCUUCAUACUGCACCAUUAUCAUGUUAAUAUUGAAUAUCACUUAAUCAUCUAACUCAUGCUUUUAUUUUCUCAUCAAUUGUGUCCCAAAACUUGCCCCAACAGACAGAAAAUGUAUUAUUCUUAUUAAAAAUAUCAUGCAUCCUGUUCUAUCCAGACUUCUCUUUUUUCACAGCUUUCCCCCUAUCUUCCUGAUUUUUUUCUAGUAUACCUUCAGUGAUCACUCUCGUUACGUUUGUGAUCUGUGUCCCUUGGUCCAUUAUUUAUAAGUACCCCAUCCUUUGUAGUCUUCUCGUUUUAAUAUUGCUGUUUUGCAGUAGAGUUCAAGCUCUCCUCUGAAAACUAUCUAUAAUUUCACCAAAUAUUCUGAGUAAUUUCCUGUUCCAAGUGUUAAAAUUUUUUGGUUUUGUCAUUAAAAAUUUUUAUUUAUAUUAAAUGAGAUGUUACUCUACCUUUUACAGUUGCA